AUGAGCAGCGCGCUCUCAAGUCAACAAAACUUCGACAGUGCAAUCUGUAAAGACAUCGCCGUCAUUGGAGGUGGCGCCGCCGGCACCUAUGCAGCCUUCCGACUCCGACAAGACUACAACAAAAGCAUCGUGGUGAUCGAGCGCGGCGGCCGGAUAGGUGGCCACGUCGACACGUUUCAUGAUUCCACUACAAACGCAUCGAUUGAGUAUGGCGUACAAACAUAUAUCAAAUAUGGCCCAGCAGAAUCGUUCUUCAAACUUCUUGGUCUGGAGAUAGGACCGGCCAGGUCAGAUCCACCCUCAGUUCAGAGCUUCAUCAACUCAGCCAAUGGAGAGCUGCUCAGCAACUACAAGGCACCUUCCGAUGUCAUUCCAGCUCUGGAGAGAUACAGGGAACAAGCGAAGAAAUACAAUCAAUAUCUGACACCUGGUCUCUGGGACUUUCCUGCUCCGAAACACAUCCCAGAAGACCUCCUGCUGCCAUUCGAGGAUUUUGCAAAGAAGUACGAUUUCGAAGUCCUCAUACCGACCAUUCAGGUUGUUGCAAAUCCUGGAGUGGGUGGUUUUCAAGGCACACUGGCUCUUCAUGUGCUCGCAUUUGCAUUUGGCUAUCCGGUGACCGACGCCUUGCUCACAAACGGACUCUUCAACGCCGCCAAUGCAUCUAACUCAGCGCUUUAUGAAAAAGCUUAUGAUUUGCUGAAGGCCGACAUCCUCCUCAAAACUGCUGUGCACAGGGCAGAGCGAUCAUCGGAUGGUAUCAGACUGGUUGUGAAGGCAGCAGAUGGCAAGCAGACCGCGAUUGAGGCCAAACAAUUACUUAUCGCAGUCCCACCAAGCCACUCAAAUUUAGGCGUUUUCGAACUUGACAAGAAAGAACAUGAUGUCUUCAGUCAAUUCACACCAACCUAUUCCUUCGUUGGUAUGCUGAGGACAUCCGUUUUACCAAAGAAUCAUACGGUCAGCUUCAUCGCGGAGCGAGCCGUUCCAGACCAUUACUUCGACCUGCGGAAACAACCGUAUACUCUGACGUUGAAUCCCAAGGGCGAGCCAGAGGAGCAGCUGUGGCAAUUUUUGCUUGCCUCAAAUGAGACUGUGAACGGAGAUCAGGCCAAGGCCAAAGUGCUCGAAGGUCUAGAGCUAUUGGUUUCGAGAGGCACUUUCAAGAACGAAUCUACUGCCAGCGUAGACCUUGUAGCAGAAACCGAGAUUUUGGCAUUCGCGGAUCAUAGCUCGGUCUUGCACCGACAACCCGCAGAGGCAUACAAGAAGGGCUUCAUUCAGGACUUCUACUCGUUACAAGGCUAUCGAUCGACUUGGUAUACAGGAUCAUUGUGGACGGAGGACUUCUCUAGCACAGUUUGGGCGUUUACCGACACCGUGCUUGAAAAGAUGGUCAAGGCAAUGAGAUAG